CUCGUUCCUUCUCUCUCCUCUCCGUCUUCCUGUUCGCCGGAACCCUAGACUGUCCUCCGGGAAUUUAAAUUUUCCGGUGAGUUUUUCUCCUUUUCUGUCAUUUCACUCAGUUGUGCGUAGGCUAACUCGUCUAGGGUUUUGGAUUCUUACGGGUUCAUUUGGAAAUUUUCAACUGAACCCGAGGGGGAGAGUAUUGACGCGCCUGUUGUAUUGUUACUCGGAGCAGUAGAAGAACUUGCGAUUGGGUAUGAGUUGAGGUGCUAUACCCAGGAUUUCGUCGCCGAAUGGAGGGAGGAAUAAACCCAUGGAUUAUGAUGACAUCGAGUUUCAAAGCCAGAAUCUUCAUUUAGCUGGUGAAACUAACAAUAAAUACCCGCCUGUGUUGCAGCCUUAUGCUCUUCCGAAGUUUGAUUUUGAUGACAGCCUCAAUGGGAAUCUGAGAUUUGACAGUUUUGUCGAAACUGAGGUUUUUCUUGGUACUGAGGGUAACGAAGCUAAUAACUGGAUCGAGGAAUUCUCCCAAAGGAAUAGUGGUGUGGUGUUUAGUUCAAGUGCAUCAGAGUCUUGUGCCAUUUCACGGCACAAUAAUGUUUGGUCGGAGGCUACAUCGACAGAAUCUGUUGAAAUGCUUUUGAAGUCAGUUGGGCAGGAUGAAAUAAUGGCAAGAGAAGAUACUGUUAACAAAUCUGACAUUUGUAAUGUACUAGGUUGCAUAGAGCAAAUGGAGCCCAGUGAGACUUGUGGUGAGAAGGGUCUUUCCAUAGUUGAAGCAGUGAACUUGCAACCCAACCCAUCUUUUGAUGAGACUCCUGGUGAGUCAUCUGUUUCGCUUGAAGAUGUUGGACUGGAACAGCCCUUGGUUAAAGAUGCCUUACCAAAUGUUGCACAUGAAUUAUCUAUGGAGGGCAGUGGUUCCAUCCAGGCCUCUGGAACUGGUACUGGAGAGGUUGCUGUUACUCUGAGCUCACAGAAUGGCCCUGGAGAUGCAGAAAAGAUGUUUGCUGAACAAGAUAAGAUGGUCUCUGAGACAACUGAAUGCCUUCUUGACAAAAGGGAGCAUGAAGUUUCUUCAGAUUCAAGGAUGGAAAAUGAUCGUAGAGAUGGAUCUGUGCAGAAUAGUAUUACUUCUAUUAGUGAGUUGAAUACUCAGAAGACUUCGCAUCUGGAGAAUUUCAAUGAGAAAAAUAAUAUCAGUGUCAGUAUGCAGAGUAGCAGUUAUACUCCUGAAGAUUUGAACAGAGAUGGAAAGUCGGUUUCGGUUGAUUCUCCUAUUAAUAGUCAUGUGAUCUCAUCUUCUAAACGGGAAAAUGUGGAAGCAAAAAAUGUUGGUAAUAUGGCAAAGCCUGAUUUGAUGCCAUCUGAACUAUCUGAUUUCCCAGUGUCCGAAAGAAGCCAAAGUCCGGCAGUUCUUGAGGCUGGUGGACUAGAUGUUUUGGGCUCGUUUAAUGAUUCGGAGGCACAAUGCCAAUAUAUCCCUGUCAGUGGUUCUCAUGCUAGUAGAACUAUCGAGAUAUCUGUUGAUCUAUCUGGGAAGGUAAUGAGUGGUGAAAAUAUACCUGCUGAGGAAAAGCCUGAGUUGCUGAGUCAUAAGAAUUUAGAAACCGUUGCAAAUGAGUGUGAAUCUUCUUUCUGGACUGAGAGACCUACACAUAGUCAUCAAGUCGAAACUUCUGAGGCUGUCCGUACUUCACCCGUUGACAUGAUGGAUGAAUCAGGCAAAACUGUUCGUGUAGAUGGAGUCUCUUGUAAGAGUGCCGAUAGUGAAGGCAGUUUUGAGCAGAGAACAGAUUUGGAUUCCAAUGUUUGUGAUGUAGACUGUGAUGACCGUAGUCCCCAAAUUGUAUCUGAAAGAACUGCGUUCGAGUCCCUUGAUAAUACUUCAGGAGCCUCUGCCUUCAAGCUAACAAAAUCAAAAUCUCAGUCUGAUACAAUUCCAGCGACUAUAGUUGAUGAGCAAAAAUGUCAAGCAUUAUCUCUCAAUGUCAACGUGUCAAAACAUCUCAACAAUGACGAAAGGCCUGCUGCAAGUGUUGCCUCAUUGGCAGGUUUACCAAUUCCGGAAACAUCCUCUGAUGUGACCGAGAAAGGCUAUGUUUCUGAAUCUGAGAAGGUUUCAUCUUGUGAACCUGAAAAUGGUCAAACUCUUUCCCCUGCUGCUGUCUGUGGAUCAGGGAAUCAGAAGGACAAACAAGCUUGUAUGCAUGAUGAAGAUGUUCAAGUCGGUAGUACCAAUAAUGUUGAUAACUGUUCUGAUAAUGAUGGGUCUAUGAAAGUAGAAGCUCAGGAUACUGCACGAGAAACCAUUCUGCAGAAAUCUGCAAAAACUAUUCUAGAAGAAUAUCUUGAUGCAGAAUCGAAGAGUGCGUCUGGCACAAAAUUCAAUCCUAACAAGGACAGUAUUAAUGCACAGCCUAAUGGUAGUUCCCUGGCUAAUCUUGGAGCUGAAGUUAAAAAAGAUAGUCAAGAAGAUAAGAACAAUACGGAAUCCAUGGACAAUAUGAAUGCUGGAACUCCAAUUUUGCGCACCGAAGAUAUUGCAGGUGAUACGAUUAAAAUAGCAGAUUCUUCAUGCAUUUCUACAUUUUCUGGGCCUGGUGCAGAGUACUGUGAUGCUGGGAGGGAAAAAGCUGUUACUGAUCCAGGGGAUCCUUCUACUUCCUCCAUUGGCAAUAAACCUUUCAUGCCCAGCGGAUCUCAGGUGGGGAAAACAGCCUAUGCUUCCUGUGGUCAGAGCUUAACUUGCGAUACAAGUCCAUUAGCAGAUUCAUCAAUGAAGCAAGUGGGAGAAGUUUUACAAGCAAUUAACUCUUCAGGAGCUAUACUAGUCUCUCCGAUUGUGGACGGAUCUCCUGUACCUUCUAGCUUAGAGAGAACAACUGCAAGGACUUCUAAAGGAACACCUAGGCGUAAGCCAAAAGGAACAUCUAAAUCUACAGGAAAAGAUGCUUCCAGAAAAGGAAAUGCUGUGACAGAGACAACACCUUCGAGACAGUUACAAUGCGGGAAAGCUAGUGUCUUUAAUCAAUGUUCGCCUUGUACAGGUCAGAUCUCACAAUCUACCGAGAACCAGCAAAAUCCUCAUGCUGAGACUCCUGCUGUAAAACCAUCUGGGAACUUUUCCAUGCCCUCAUCAAGUUUGCCAAACUUGAAUUCUUCUGCCCUUUCGAGUCUUUUGCGACGUCCUUUCACAGACAUGCAACAAGUGCAAUUGCGUGCACAGAUUUUUGUUUACGGGGCUCUGAUCCAAGGGACGACACCAGAUGAGGCUCAUAUGAUAUCUGCAUUUGGUGGUCCAGAUGGUGGGAAAGGCAUUUGGGAGAAACUAUGGCGUGCUUGUUUUGAAAGGGCUCAGACAUCACAUGCUCCUGAAACGCCAUUGCAAUCGCGUUCAGAUCCUGGAAGUCCUGCUGUAUUACCCAAAACUGUACUCUCAGGAAAGAUAGCAACUCCAUCAGUUGGUUACACCAGUAGCAAAGAUGUUCCAUCUGUGAACCCAAUAAUCCCUCCCUCAUCACCACUAUGGACUCUCCCGACACCCUGUGAUACUUUACAACCAAGUAGCAUGCAAAGAAGUUUAGCAAAUGAUCACCAGCCAUUUCUUUCUUCAUUGCAUGCUCACCGAAUUCCACCAGUUAAGAAUAUUGUUGGACAUAGUGCCCCAUGGAUAUUACCGACCCCUUACCACAGCCCCUGGCUUACUUCUCCACAGACCAGUGCAUUUGAUGUUGGUUCUCGUUUCUCUGUUUUUCCGAUCACCAAGACUGUAAAAUUGACGCCCAUGGAAGAAACAUCUUUGUCCCACUCUGGUGCAAAGCAUCUUCAGAAAGAUCCUAAUGUUCAAAGCGUAACUUCUAGGUGUGUUGUUAAAGGGACUCCGUUCUUUGUGCCAAAGAGUGUGGUGGUAGCACCCAGUCAACACUCUACUGAGGUGAAAGCGAGGAAGCGGAAGAAUAUUCCAGUUUCUGAGGAGCCUGGUUCUAGCAUAUUGAGUUCUCACAAACAGACAGAAUCGGUUGUUUCACCUCUUGUUACAUUUACAGCGUCUGCUCCUUUUACCCUCACAUCUGGAAAUCUUGUCUCUAAUGCUACUGCCCCUACUAACCUUGUUUCUAUCGGGAGAACCACUAUGAACUUGGCAUCUACAUUCUCCCUGGAGAAACUGAGUUCAUCUUUAUCAUCCCCGAUUCUUAGUGGUAAUCUGGUGUCUGGGAACCUUGGCAUGGAACAGAAGUCUGCCUUGUCAGAGGAUGCCAUUGGUAAACUUAAGGAAGCAAUGAGACACGCAGAGGAUGCCUCUACUCUUGCUGCUGCAGCUGUUAGUCACAGUCAAUAUGAGUGGAAGCAGGUAGACCAACAGAAGAAUACUGGACUUGAACCAGAAAAUCAAGGCAAUAUAGCUUCUGCAGUAGUUGCAAUAGCUGCUGCUGCUGCAGUUGCAAAGGCUGCAGCUGCUGCAGCUAAUGUCGCAGCAAGUGCUGCAUUGCAAGCUAAAUUAAUGUCUGAGGAAGCAGCAAUUUCAAAUAGUUCUGAUCAGGGUAUUGAUAUAUCUAAAUUAGAAGUUGGUAAAACUCUAGACCAGGCUACUCCUGCAUCUAUCUCGAUGGGUAGUGGGGCAUCAGUUAGUUCUAAUUUGGUUCUUACUGCUGCUAGGGAGGCUGCUAAGAAGAGGGUUGAAGCUGCCACAGCUGCCACAAAGCAAGCUGAAAAUAUGGAUGCUAUUGUAAAAGCAGCUGAGCUCGCAGCAGAGGCUGUUUCCCAAGCUGGAAAACUUGUCUCUCUGGGUGAUCCUCUCUUAUUGAAUGAGCUGGUGGAGGUGGGUCCAGGUGAUUACUGGAGACAUACCCAAGUAUCUCAGGAAUUAGAGCCUUGUCAAAGGGGUGCAUUGAAGAAGAAAGCAACUCUAGCGCUGCAAACACACACAGGUGCAGGCACCAGGUUGGGUGACCCUGUGAAAUCACCAGACACUGUAUCUUGUCUGGUUUCUGCGUCUGGAAACAAGAGAAAGGGACUAAAGUACCAUAAGGCGAGAGAAUUGGCUAACAGUGUUGUCCCGGAACCAGAGGUUGCACCGAUGUCUUCAGUCGACACCCAAACUAAAAGUAAAAGGAUCAUAGAAACUGCAAAUGGAAAUGACAUCAAGGAGGGUUCCAGUGUGGAGGUUUACAAGGAAGGGCCUGGAUUAAGAACAGGAUGGUACUCUGCUAAUGUUUUAAGCUUGAAGGAUGGUGAAGCUUACGUGUGUUACAAUGAACUUUCUUCAGAGGGGGCAAACAAGUUGAAAGAGUGGGUAGCCCUCGAAGGUGAUGGUGAUGUAGCCCCUAAACUAAGAAUGGCUCGUUCUAUUACUGUGAUGCCAUUUGAAGGAACAAGGAAGAGACGUAGAUCUUCCACUGGGGAUCGUGCUUGGUCUGUCGGCGAUAAGGUGGAUGCAUGGGUACACGACAGCUGGUGGGAAGGUGUAAUUUCUGAAAAAAACAAGAAAGACCAAACUACGCUAACUGUCCAUUUCCCAGUGCAAAGGGAAACACUUGCGGUGAAAUCUUGGAAUCUUCUUCCUUCUCUUGUGUGGAAGGAUGGAAGGUGGAUUGAAUGUUCGGGUUCCGAAGCCAACAUAAGCUCAUUGCGAGAGGGUGAUACACCGAAUGAGAAGCGUCCUAGAGUGAGAAGCCCUGUUCAUGAUGCGGAAGGAAAGGACACUAGUCCCAAGAAUGUAGAUGUUCUGAACUUAGGGAAACCGCCUCAGACCGGGUUUCUUGUGCUGGAUGUUUCGGAGAAAGCAUUUAAUCUCGGUAGGAGUACAAGAGACGAGAUCAAACCCGAUCCCCUUCGGAUGAAAAGGACUGGCUUGCAGAAGCAAGGAUCCAGAGUUAUUUUCGGCGUUCCUAAGCCGGGAAAGAAGAGGAAGUUCAUGGACGUCAGCAAACACUAUGUGUCAGAGCCUGCCUGUAAAACGAGGCAACAAAAUGAACCGGCUAAGUCUACCAAGGCGAUAAUGCCCCAAAGUUCCGGAUCACAGUCCUGGAGAAAUACUUCUAAAAUUGAUCCAAGAGAAAGACAGGCAACUGUAUCCAAGGCUAAAAUUUUCAAACCCACAUCCAAACCGACUGCAGCAACUAAAAAUAUAGCCCAGAAAGAGGAGUCACAGAAUAUCUCAUCCGGUAAUGCUGCUGAUCAGAAAGCUGAGCAAAAGGGUACUGUAUCUGGAAUAUCUAUGGAUAUCCAAUCUGGGGAAUCAACAGAGGAGCAAACUGCAAUAUUGUCACGUGAUACCUCAGGCAUUCCCUCCUCGAGGAAAACUUCCUCAAGCUUAAAAGCUGAACGCAUUAAUAAAGGGAAAUCGGCUCCUGCUGCUGGAAAGUUAGCCAAGACUGAAGAGAACAAAGUGCUGGGUGAGAACUCUUCAAAGAUGUCUGACACCGUAGAGCCACGUAGAUCUAACCGCAGGAUUCAGCCAACCUACAGACUACUUGAAGGACUGCAAUCUUCGAUGGUCACCUCGAAGAUUCCAACAGUUUCGCAUGGCAAAGGUCCCCAAUAUGAGAGCAAAAGUAGCUCUAGAGGGGAAUAGCAGCUAGAGAGACCACAACCGAUUGCAAAUAAUCCCUAAAGGAAAAAGGAAAAGAAAAGGUUAGUGGUGUAUGGACAAUCUUGGGUUGUGUUAUUAGUUUUUUCUUCGCAAUGUUUUGCCUUUGUUUGCAGAUAUGUAAAUGUAGGGAAUGUAGAAGGGAAAAGAAACGGGGUUUAAUGGUUGCAAGGGGGUGUGGAUUUUAAUGGCUGCGGGAUUUGUUUUGCAGAUAUGUAAAUGUAGUGUCCAUUGCGACUGAUUCUGAGUCUCUUUAUGGAUUAUGACAUGUAAAAAUUGACGUGACAGAGGUUGUAUAUGUAGUUUGACAUAA